GAUUUAGGAGGUAUUAACAAUGACUGGUCCUCAUUCCAGUGCUAUCAUCAAGGGUCUGUAUAAGGUGUUCAUCUCAAUUCCUUAUACCCGAUUCAGCUUGAGACUCGCUACUUACAUUUCAACAACAUGUAUCAUCUUACCCCGCAUAUGCCGCAAAUGCCGCAGAUCGCAUCGCAAUCUACUUACAUAUACUUCAUCUACCAAUACUCUCACGUGACCCAUCAUCCUCUCCCCUUGCAUAUGAGCGCCACGAACUUUCAUGUUUCCGAGCCUCCUCAAUUCUUUCCUUGUGAAGAACGACUCUUUUCACACACUCUAGUCUCCGGUAGCUUCCAUAGAAGACCGCGGCUUCUUUAUGUUAUCAGUCAAAGUGUCUCUGCCAUAACGUUCUUCGCGAGUUUGCUGUUCAUGGCAGCAUGCCAUUCGCACAACAGUGGUGAACUAGAGCGCACAAUUCGAGGCUUUAGGAUCAUGCUCUGACCUACAAGAACGGUUGGGACGCCUAGUUUCAAUCCCUACUACUUGAUCGGCUCCAUCCAGCUGAUUUCAAUCCGAAACUACCAGCAAGCAUUCGCAUUGAAUUAUGGGAUAGACAAAUGCAGGAUUGAUGAGCUUGC